CCCGCACUUCACCCCGAGCCCCCCCCAAUCUUCAGUCGAGUUCCACCAGCGAUAUCGCAGCAAUCUGACGAUUCUUCUCGACGGUCGAGUCCUCAGAUGAAGGUUAUUUGCCUGUUCGUGAUGCUGUUGGGAUCGUUCGCUCGGGGGCAAGACCUGGACGAAUUCCCCGCGGCCCGGCAGUUCAGCCCCGACACGGUGACGACGUUUUUCGACGGGUUGCAGUCGACCGUGAGCGGCGCCUUGGGGUUCCUGGAGAGGUACGGCUUCGACCGGGCGAAUCCGCACACGGGGACGGCGGGCCUGAGGACGACGGUGCAGAACCUGAUGAGGUGCUCGCCGUGUGCGGGGUCUGGGCUGUCGGGGGUGAGGCGGGACGACCCGCUCGCGAUCGGGGUCAGCGCGGGGCAGUGCCUCUCGGGGACGCGCCGGGAGUGCUGCGGCUGCUUCGUGGAGUCGGUGUCGCAGGUCGUCUUGGACAACACCAUGCCGUACGUCGAGGGGUUCGUGCGUGAGGCUUUGAAUACCGUCGCGUUCAACUCCUAUCGCAUCACGGCGCAGACUCGCGCGGAGUGACGCGACGAGAGGCCAGAAUAAAAUGGAGUGGACUUCCAGAGAA